CACCAGUCCGUGCUGCAGCAGCGAUAAAUGUGGUACUUGAAGGACUCCUAGCCCAGGUACCUUUCGUAUGGCCCUCAGAAUUAAGGGGUACGAUUUUGUCUUGAACUCAGCACGUACAUACCAACGUGCGGCAUUUAUGAUUGUGCAGUCAUAACUCAAGUCUGUGGUUAAACGUCACAGCAGCCCAGAGGAGGAGAGGAAGGACAGGAAGAGGAUGAUAAUGCAGCGCAUCCUAAGUCAUGGGACACUGCGGCGGGUGGCAGCAGUGCGCCCAUUUCUGGUAGGUGUCACCGUCCCCGAGCCGCCAGCAGCAUUUUGUUGCACUGCCCUCCGCCUGUCACUGCCACCACCCACAGGCCAGCGCUGGCUGUCGACCUCACCCUCCAACAAGGCAGCACACCAGCCAAAACACCAGCCACCACAGGAGGAGCCUCAGUCCGGCUCCACACCUCCAACACAGGAGGUCCAGAAAGGGGAAGCUGAGCUUGAUGUUGCAGAGGUGGACCCCCUGCAGGACAAGUCCAGCGGGCUCGUCCAGAGGUUUAAGAAGACCUUCAAACAGUAUGGGAAGGUGUUGAUCCCUGUGCAUCUCCUGACAUCAUCCGUCUGGUUUGGAACCUUCUAUUACGCUGCUAUGAAAGGAGUGAAUGUAGUGCCAUUCCUGGAGAUGGUUGGUCUACCAGAGUCACUAGUUGGCCUUUUGAGAGACUCCUCGAGUGGCUAUGCUCUGACUGCGUAUGCUAUGUACAAGAUUGCUACCCCUGCUAGAUACACGGUGACUCUGGGCGGCACGUCACUAUCUGUUCAGUAUCUCCGCAAGCAUGGCUACCUACCCACACCGCCCCCAGUUAAAGAAUACUUUCAGGACAAAAUGGAGGAGACAAAGGAGAAACUGACAGAAAAGAUGGAGGAGACGAAGGAGAGAUUUUCAGAGAAAAUGGAGGAAACAAAAGAACGUUUCUCAGAGAAAAUGGAAGAGACUAAAGACAAGCUUUCUGAGAAACUGCAGGAAACCAAAGACAGAGUCUCCGAAGGAAAAACGUUUUUUAGAAAGAAAAAUGAUUAGUGAAUCAAGUUUACAGAUGGGGCCUCUGAAUACAUGAUCCUAUUUUGAUCUCGAUAAGUAAUCCUUGAGUUUUGGGAAAGUACCGGCACUUCUAAGAGAGUUUGUUAAAGAGAUAGAGACGUUGCACUAUUCUUGUCCUAAAGUUUUGCCUCACAAAUUUCAGAUAUCAGCUGUUGUCUGUUUAAGUGUCAAAAUUCAAUCCCUAAUUGUCCAAACUCUACCACGAUGCACUAUAAGUAUAGACUAGACAGCAGCUUAGCAAACUCCUGGAAAUGCUACAUCCUGGCUCAGCCAUCUCAGACUGGAUUUACACAGGCUCAAGUGAUCUGGACUUUAACUCAUGGUUGACUGUAAGUUGGCUGAAUAAAGACAAGCUGUCUUCUCAUUUCUCUUCACAUACAUGUAUGAGGAGAAAGAGGUCUGGGCUUCAAAGGGAUGAAAAAACCACGUGCCUGUGUGAAAACAGCAUCCAUUUCUGACUGUACGGGAGAGCGCAGUGCUAAUCCUUGUGGUUGUUAGGAAAAUAAAACUUGAAGCUCAUGGUUACCUAUGUGUACCUAAGUUCAUCAAAGCCUUUCUGAAGGCUGGGUUUCACCUUGUGUCUUUUCUAAUGUAGUGAGAAAGAAAGGUAAUUUUUCUAAAGAAUUUUUAUCCCAUAGUUCAAGCUAAUAUAUUCCAUUAUUGUACCACUUAAUGCAUUGUCUGAAAGUUGUGUGAUACGACUAAGUCAGGUGACUGAAAGCUGUCCUCGGAGCUGAUAAAGUCAUGGCACGGCACAUAUCAGUUUACAUGUGAUGAGUCAUGUAAACAUGUAAACAGACACACACAUGGGCAGUGUGCCAAAUGAAAUGUCUUGGGUACUUUGAUCAAUAGAAAUGUUCCUGUCAGAUGUCUGGUUAAAACCACAACUCAAUAAAGCAAAAUGUUA